AUGGCCAUCGAGUCGAAGCCCGUCGCCAGCAACGUCACCAGAACGGAGCCAGACAUUGCAGAAGCCGAGGUAAUCAACAAUGCAGAGGUCAACAAAAACUUCAACACGCUUUCGGCCCUCUCUCUCGCAGUUUCUCUCAUGGCGACAUGGGAGACAGUGUGCAGCACCAUCGGCUCGGGUCUACUGAGCUCUCAUCGGACCAAAGCUGCAUGGAGUUGGGUCUCUGGCUGGCUCACCGUGCUGGCGUGGCUGUUCUUGACCGCCUCCGCGCCUUUCGGGGCCGGCAAUCUGAUCCAGGGGCUGCUCACUCUCAAUUAUCCGGAAUACGUUCCCCAAAGAUGGCACGGUACCAUGCUGUACUGGGCUGUUCUGGUGGUGGGUUUCCUGGUCAACCUGUACGGAGCCAGACUGCUGCCGCACAUUGAGAACCUCAUGAUGGCCUUUCAUUUACUGUUUUUCUUCAUUAUUUUCGUGUCAAUCCUGGCCCUCUCGCCGACUAGAAACCCCGCGGCAUUUGUCUUUGGCGAGUUCCAAAACAACACCGGAUGGGGCAGCGACGGGAUUGCGUGGUCUCUUGGAAUGGUGACCGCUGCCUACGCAAUGGUCGGGUACGAUUCCGCGACGCAUCUAUCCGAAGAAAUGAAAACCCCCCGCAUGACUGUGCCGCGCGCAAUGGUCGGCUCCCUCGUUAUCAACGCGUCCAUGGGGUUCGCUCUCCUCAUCGCGAUUCUUUUCUGCAUGGGAGACCUGCAGGAAGCCCUCAGCACGAACACGGGGUUUCCCAUCAUCCAGAUCUUCUACCACAUAACAGGCGGAAGCCUCGCGGGCACGGGUGCCUCGACCUGCGCCAUUAUCUUGUCGGCGUCGGGCGCCACGAUCGGUCUCAUGGCCUCGACGUCUCGGACUCUCUGGGCGUUCGCCCGCGACGGGGCGCCUCCGUUCUCUCACUGGCUCUCGCAGAUCAGCCCCAGAUUCAAAGUGCCUACCAACAGUGUCAUCUGUGUUUUUGGGCUUCUCGCGCUACUGGGGCUGUUGAACAUCGUUUCCACGACUGCUUUCACCGCUGUGCUUUCCUUGACGGUGGAGAGCCUUGCCCUAUCGUAUCUCAAUCCCAUCGUCAUGUUGAUAUACCGACGCAUUCGGUCUCCCGAGGACUUGGUGUACGGUCCAUGGAGGCUUCCUAACACAAUCUCACUUGGCAGCGGGGUCAUAGCUGUCCUUUACAACUGCUAUAUCUGCAUAUUCCUGAUAUUUCCACCUUUCCAGCCGGUAACGGCCCAGAACAUGAACUACGCUGGCGUCGUUCUGGGCGGGGUUUUGCUGUUGGUGACGAUUCGUUGGUUUGCGGGCGCGCAUAAGAUCUACAACGGUCCUCGGGUACCAUUAUAG